UACUUCCUGAUUGUCGAUACAGCCAGUACACAGAGUAGACUGUCAUGUCGACUAGAAACAUUUUACGAAAUUGGGAGAUAUUUUUAAUCCUGGUGUUUAUAGUACCGGCAACAAGACCUGAAAGUAAUGUCGCUUUUACUGGAACUGCAAGACAAUCAUCAGACGAACAAUCGAAAUGGGGAGCCGGAAGAGCUAUAAACAAUUGUACGACUCAAACUGUAGCUUCUCUAUGUUGUUCUCACACCAAAGCAAAAAAAUUUAAAAAAGCCUGGUGGCGUGUGGAUUUAGGACAGACGAGGACUAUACAGUACAUCACCAUUUACUACAGAGGGGGAGCUGGAUAUCGAUUUGGCGGGUACUCCCUCUACCUGUCAAAUACCACCAGCUACACACAGGGAGUUCUCUGUUAUAAGGAUAACAGUAGUUUGGCCUCAGACGUAGACUUAAUACCCACACAUCAAUGUCCCUACGUAGCUCAGUAUGUAAUUGUCUACAACCAGAGAGACACUCCGAAAAAAUACGACUGGUAUGAUGACUACGCUGUUCUGGAGUUGUGUGAAGUUCAGGUGUUUGGAUGUCCAACCGGAAAGUAUGGCAAUGGCAAUUGUAAAAUUCCUUGCUCGCAGAGCUGCUUUGGGGGAAAUUGCAACUCUGUAUCUGGAUCCUGUUUCUAUUGCUUUGCUGGAAAAUAUGGGGAUUUUUGUCAAAUGCCUUGCACUGAAAACUGUAACAACACUUGCGAGAAAAAUUCGGGACACUGUAUAGGAUGCAUUGCCGGUAAAACAGGCGAUUUGUGUGAUACUGACUGUCCAGUAAACUGUAUAACAUGCAACCAGACGUUCGCCACACAAUGUUACGAAUGCGUUAAUGGAAUGCACGGCGAGACAUGCCACCUUGCUUGUUCUGACAGCUGUAAAGAUAAAACAUGCAUGAAGGACAAUGGAUAUUGCUUAGAAUGUAUCACCGGGAAAUACGGCAAUACAUGUGGAAGUGAUUGCUCAAUAAACUGUAAAGACAGAAAAUGUAUAAAGAGUGAUGGACAUUGUUUAGAAUGCGUUGAUGGAAAACAUGGAGACAUGUGUGAAAGCGAUUGUUCUAAUAACUGCGAAAACAAAUUAUGCAAGAAGGAUGGAAAUUGCUUCGCAUGUAUUCCCGGCAAAAAAGGUAACCUCUGUGAUAGCAACUGUCCUUCAAAUUGUGUGACAUGCCACCAAACGUCUGACCAAUGUUUUGAAUGUGUUGUUGGAAAAUAUGGCAAUAGCUGUGAAAACAAUUGCUCUGAAAACUGCAAAGACAAAACAUGUAUGAAGAGCAAUGGACAUUGUGUAGAAUGCAUUUCAGGAAAGUACGACCCAACAUGUUCAGAGGAUUGUCUGGGUUUAUGCAAAGACAACACUUGCCAACGAGAUAAUGGAUAUUGCACAGAUUGUCCACAGGGAAAAUAUGGCUCUUUAUGUGAAAAGAGCUGUUCUUGGAACUGUUUGGAAAACGAAUGUGAUGCAAGUAGUGGAUUUUGUAAAGGUGCUGAAAAGUGUCUUAUAGGGAAAUCACGUUGA